CGCGCGGCUUACGUCGUGUCCUGCUUGGCCCCGCGGUGCUGUCUCACCGGUGAGGCCCGCGUUCUGUGCAACCUGCAGCCCCCAGCCUACUGCCACCAUGGAGUACCUCAUUGGCAUCCAGGGCCCGGACUACGUCCUUGUCGCCUCCGACCGGGUGGCCGCCAGCAAUAUUGUCCAGAUGAAGGACGAUCAUGACAAGAUGUUUAAGAUGAGUGAAAAAAUAUUACUCCUUUGUGUUGGAGAAGCUGGAGACACCGUACAAUUUGCAGAAUAUAUUCAGAAAAAUGUACAACUUUAUAAGAUGCGAAACGGCUAUGAGUUGUCUCCCACAGCCGCAGCAAAUUUCACACGCAGAAAUCUGGCUGAUUGUCUUCGGAGUCGGACCCCAUAUCAUGUGAACCUCCUCCUGGCUGGCUAUGAUGAACAUGAGGGACCAGCACUCUAUUACAUGGACUACUUGGCAGCCUUGGCCAAGGCCCCUUUUGCAGCCCAUGGCUAUGGUGCCUUUCUGACUCUCAGUAUCCUGGACCGAUACUACACACCCACCAUCUCACGCGAUAAGGCAGUGGAGCUCCUGAAGAAGUGUCUGGAGGAGCUCCAAAAGCGCUUCAUCCUGAAUCUGCCAACCUUCAGCGUCCGAAUCAUUGACAAAAAUGGCAUCCACGACCUGGACAACAUUUCCUUCUCUAAGCAGGGCUCCUAACGCCAUGCCGUCUUCCCACAUGUCAGGGAACUUUUUUGAUGUGCGCCUUUAUUUUUUUUCUACUCUUUCGACGUUGCACUCUUGAUAGAUGGUUAAUUCAGAAUAAAAUUGAAUAUGGAUAAAUUCA